CUUUUUAGAGAACCUUAAUGCAUAGUACAUAUGGACAUGGGUACGCCGAAGAGGUCAAUUGAUACGGACAUCAAUGCCACACAGUCUGAGGCGAUACUGCGUAAGAUAAAACUUUGUAUGCUCAUCAAUGGGACAUGGCCGGUGCAGAAUCCCAGUAUCUUCUAUCGUGCUAUCUCCAUUUUUACCAUAACUUCCACCGCUAUACUAGGCAUAUUGCUCUUUCGUUUUGCAUUUGCCAACCUCGCAAAUCUCAGCCUGAUGGUUAAAGGAUUCAGUUUGGGAACGAGCUUCAUAUCGCUAGCUCUGAAGGUAGCCCUUUUCAGAUCCUUCAAAGGAACAACAAUGGAGUUAUACACAAUUCUUCACGAGUAUUAUACGAAGUCCCUAGCAGACGAAAAAUCGAGAGAUUUGGUGUUGAAGAAUAUAAGUGGCUUCCAACGAUUAAUAUCGCUCCUAACUGUAUAUGUCACUACAGGCUGUGUGAUGUAUACGAUUACUCCUGUCAUUUACAUAGCAGUUCAACUGCGACAUCAUGUGGAUUCUAUAAAAUACAUCCUUCCGGUGACUGCUUUGUACCCAUGGGAAGUUAAGCCUGGAGGAUUUUUGUAUGUAAUAACAUACAUCUUUGAAACCUUCAAUAUAUGGGUCAUAUAUACUGUGACACUUGGAAUGGAUCCACUUUUUGCAUAUUCUAUUUUUCAAAUAAUUGGACAGCUACGAGUGUUGCAGCAUCAAAUGCUGAAUUUUUCACAGUCCGACAAUUUGAAUGAACUUGUACGCAGAUGGGUCGUGAAAUAUCAGAUAUUGAAAGAGUGUUGUGAGAAACUUCAAAAGAUGUAUGGACCUGUCAUCCUGUGGCAGAUUACAACAAAUUCAGCUGUAAUUUGCACAAUCUUAUUUCAAGUUUCACAAGGCAAAGGUUCUUUAGCGAAGUACAUUCUCAUUUUCGCCUACAGUGGAGGGAAAAUAAUACAAACAUAUCUGUACGCCUGGUCUGGGACUCAGCUGACUUCUGAGAGUGAAGCGUUAUCAGAUUCCGUUUACUUCAGCGAUUGGAUGAGUAGAGAUCGUCAAGCUUUCAGAACAUCAAUAUUAAUAAUACUCACACAACAGCCUCUCAAAAUUAUAGCUGCGCAGUGGAUAACCGUUUCCCUUGAUAUGUUUAUUACGAUAUUUCUAUUACAGGUAUUGAAUACAGCAGUAUCUUAUUUCUUCCUGUUGCAAACAUUCGACGAGAAGCAGCUCUAGAAUCCUAACUUCAACCGGAAAAUAGAUGAAUAUUUUUAAAUUUGUGUUGAA